AGUAAUCCGAGGACCAAAGUGCAAAAUACCACCAACAAAUUCAACACCAACAAUACAUAUCCCACUCCAUCGCCACUCUCCCUCCCUCCUCCCCUCCUCCCCCCUCGCCGUCGCCGCCGCCGCCGCCGCCGACGCCGCCGCGACCACCUCUCGCAAGGGGAUUUUGUAGGGGUUUCUGAUCCGAGGAGCGGGCGAUGUCGGACUCCGAGGAGCACCACUUCGAGUCGAAGGCCGACGCCGGCGCCUCCAAGACCUACCCGCAGCAGGCUGGGACCAUCCGCAAAAAUGGCUACAUAGUCAUCAAGAACCGCCCCUGCAAGGUUGUUGAGGUUUCAACCUCUAAAACUGGGAAGCACGGUCACGCCAAGUGCCACUUUGUUGCAAUUGACAUCUUUACUGCCAAGAAGCUCGAAGAUAUUGUGCCAUCUUCUCACAACUGUGAUGUCCCGCAUGUGAACCGUACGGAGUACCAGCUCAUUGAUAUAUCUGAGGAUGGAUUUGUGAGUCUGUUAACUGAAAAUGGCAACACCAAGGAUGACCUCAGGCUCCCUACUGAUGAUAACCUGCUUAGUCAGAUCAAGGAUGGAUUUGGAGAAGGGAAGGACCUGGUGGUGACUGUUAUGUCUGCCAUGGGAGAGGAGCAGAUCUGCGCGCUGAAGGACAUCGGCCCGAAGUAAACCUCACCUGUUCCAUGUGAUUACUACUGAACUUUCAGUUAUGAUCGGUUUGGGUAUGUAGGAACAAGGAUUCUCUUAAAACAUACAGAGUCACAACCAUUAAGGAAUUGUAUCACAAAACUCGUCCCCGCCAGUCAGGCUCUUAUUUAUCUGGGUCUCGUCGUCGAUUCACUGUCCUAAAUUUCCUGAGUUCCUGUACCCCUAAACCACCAUCCCUAGACGUUUUGUUAACCCUUUGGGUAUUUGGUAGCAACUUUCAUUGUGGAGUUGGAUUGUGUGCUUAAGGUGAAAAUAUCAUUUGUGAUAAACCAUGAGACUUUGUUGUGCUGUCACCAUGACCACUGCUAUUAGCAUCUGCAGAUGCAACUUUUGACAGUUA